AUGUUUUCCGCAGUGUUGAGAAAGCGUGCCCUUCAAUCGCCAUCUCUGCCAUAUCAAUUAGCAAGAUGCUAUGCCUCGAAAUCUUUCCCUCCUCAUACCGUGGUCACUAUGCCAGCUUUAUCGCCAACAAUGACUGCAGGUAACAUUGGGACGUGGCAAAAGAAGCCUGGAGAUGCAAUUGUCCCGGGUGAUGUCUUGGUAGAGAUUGAGACUGAUAAGGCGCAAAUGGACUUCGAGUUCCAAGAGGAGGGUGUUUUGGCUGCUAUCCUAAAGCAAUCUGGGGAGAAAGACAUUGCUGUUGGAAAUCCAAUCGCUGUUAUGGUUGGAGAAGGAGAGGACGCAUCGGCUUUCGCGGAUUUCACACUCGCAGAUGCUGGAGGAGAGAAAUCUGCACCAGCGCCACCAAAGGAGGAAGCCAGCAUGUCUUCCGAGAAAUCUGACACACAAUCCGGAACUGCUCCCCCGCCCCCAACCGAAUCGACACCAGUUCAGGAGGAAUCCGUAUCUAGUGGUGGAAGAUUACAAUCUGCUAUGGACAGAGCAAUCAAUGCUAGCUCUGCAGCUGUCAGAUUGGCGAUUGAGACCGGUGUUAAGAUCACUGGUGUCAAGGGUACUGGACUCGGUGGACAAGUCACUGAGGCCGAUGUUAAGAAAGCUUCCUCCGGAGCUUCAAGCAGCAGCUCGUCGGCAACAACCGCUACAUCCAACUACGUCGAUACCCCUAUCACCGCCAUGCGUAAAACCAUUGCCAACCGUCUUACCGAGUCCGUAAACCAGAACCCCCACUACUUUGUCGCCUCUACCGUUUCCGUCACCAAGCUCAUCAAGCUCCGACAAGCUCUUAACGCCUCCGGAGAUGGCAAAUACAAGCUCUCGAUUAACGAUUUCCUGAUCAAAGCCUCUGCUAUUGCAUGCAAGAAGGUUCCAGCUGUCAACUCCAGCUGGAGAGAUGGUUUCAUCCGUCAAUUCAACAAUGUUGAUGUCAGCGUCGCUGUUGCAACCCCAGUCGGUCUCAUGACUCCAAUCGUCAAGAACGUCGAAGGACUCGGUCUCGAGUCCAUCUCAGCACAAGUUAAGGAUCUUGGCAAGCGUGCCCGUGAUGGCAAACUCAAGCCAGAUGAAUACCAAGGUGGAACUUUCACCAUCAGUAACAUGGGAAUGAACAACGCCAUCGACCGAUUCACCGCCGUCAUCAACCCUCCACAAGCAGCCAUUCUCGCUGUAGGAACUACCCAAAAGGCAGCCAUUCAAGGCGCAGACGGAGGAAUCGAGUGGGACGACCAAAUCACCUUUACAGGAAGCUUCGACCACAAGGUCGUAGACGGUGCCGUUGGUGGUGAAUGGAUGAGAGAGUUCAAGAAGGUGGUAGAGAAUCCUUUGGAGUUAUUGCUAUAA